AUUCGAAGCAGGUGCAUCUUAAAAGUAUAAGAGGUAAAUAAUCAGUUUUCGUCGAUCUGGCAGAUGUGAGUCUCAGAGUGCAGCUGUCAGCAGCAGACUUCAGUGAAACCGCAGGGAUGCCUGCAGCAGAGAGCAACCAUGCACUGCGUGUCCUGUCCUCCCUGAACCAGCAGAGGGCACUCGGGAGGUUUUGUGAUGCUGUGUUAAAUGUCGGAGGCGGGGUGGUCCACUUGGCCCAUCGCAACAUCCUCGCCUGUUUCAGUGAACUGUUCCAACAGUCCAACAUGCCCGCUGCAUCGUGCAUGGAGUUCUUGCUGCAGGAGUGUCCCAGCGACGGCCUGGAGCUGCUCCUCAACUUUGUCUACACCGGAGAGCUGAAGUUGGAACCCGACAACCUCGAGAAGGUGCAGCAUGCAGCGGCCAGCCUGUGUGUGCCAGAAGCACUCACCCUCUGUCAGCAGUUUAAGGAAACCUCUGUGGAUCCUGUGCCUUUCAAGCGCAAAAGAGGCAGACCUAGAAAGUGUCCAUCAGAUACGACCCCUUACUGUUCAGUCAAAGAAGAGAACUUGCUUACAAUCACAAAAGUUGAGUCCAGCUGUGAUACUGCCACAGCCAAUUGUAGCACUGCGACCACCACCACCACCACCACCACCACCCGCUCUGGUCGUGUAGUGAAGGGCCCCACGCGACUGGUGACUGUGCAGGGUCCCACCACAGAUGUUACAGCCCCUGAAAAAGUCAGCAAGAAGGCUCUGCUUAUUCCCAUGGAGACAGAAAGAGGUGAUGAUGUCGAGGGGAACAAAAACCCAGAUCAGUCAACUGGUAAAACUGAGAUUGACAUAAAUGACAACGGCGUUAGCCAGCGAUUGGAGGCAGAAGAAGAAGAAGAGGACGAUAUGGGGGAUUUUGAGGGGAUCGCUGAGGACACAGAUGAGGAGUAUGUUCCGGUUGAGAAGCCGAUUUCCUCAGCCCCGUCAACAUCAACGGCACGGAAGUGCAAAGUCCAGAGUAAAACGGACCAACACGAGAAUGGUGAGGCUGUGGAAGAAGACUCCAAGAAGGAUUCCGUGCAGUGUCCCGUCUGCGAAAAAUCCUUCAAGAGCAAAUACUAUCUUAAAGUCCACAACAGGUAUACAAACGUGGGUAUUUUCACUUCAAACAACUGUUGGAAGAAUAGCCACCAAUGUCUCUCCUUCCGCAGGCGGCACACAGGGGAGAGGCCCUUUGGGUGCCUCAAGUGUGGGAAGAGGUACUUCAGGAAGGAGAAUCUUCUGCUCCAUGAGAUCAGAGACUGUGCCAAGGUACAGACGUACACCUGCGUGACAUGCUCUUCAACAUUUAACGGAAAAGAAGAGCUACGUUUGCACGUCGUGUCCCACACAGGAGAUAUGCCCCACAAGUGUUCAACGUGUCCUGAACAAUUUAUGCACAAGAAAAACUUGUCAAUGCACAUGAUGAAGGUCCAUGGUCAUCCCAAACCACAUGCAUGUCCUCAGUGCCCCAAAACCUUCUUAACCCGGACAGAGCUGCGUGUGCACGAAUCAGCCAAACAUCGAGGCGAAAAGCCGUUCGUGUGCGAGGAAUGUGGCCAUCGAGCCUCGAGUCGGAAUGGCCUGCAGAUGCAUAUUAAAGCCAUUCACAGGAACGAGCGCCCCUUUGUCUGUAACGUAUGUGGCCAUGCAUUCUCACAGAAGAACAACCUGAACAUGCAUCUGCGUAUACACAGUGGUGAGAGGCCCUACCAAUGCCACCUGUGUGGCAAAACCUUCAGGACGCAAGCCAGUCUAGAUAAACACCACCGGACACACACUGGCGAGCGUCCUUUUAGCUGUGAUGUGUGUGAGCAACGCUUCACGGAGAAAGGCGCCCUCGUCCGCCACAAGGCCAGCAAACACGAGGAGGGCCGUCCCCACUGUUGCCAGAUAUGUGGCAAAACCUUCAAAGCGAGAGAGCAACUUCGUGUUCACCUGCGCCGCCAUAAGGGCAUGAGGAAGUUUGAGUGCAUCGACUGCGGCUACAAGUUUACCCGACAGGCACACCUGCGACGACACAUUCAAAUCCACAAACGCACUGAGAACUACAACCCCCGGCAGAGAAAACUGAGGAACGUCAUCGUGCAGGAAGUGGACGGCGAGAACGAAGCAACGAAGGAAGCGCAAGACGCGCUGAUCCUAGAGGAGACCGCCGACGGACAGGAAGUCACAAGCGUGGAGAACGACUCUGGGACGGGCCUCACGUCGAGUUGCAUAGUGAGUGUGAUGAUGGAGUCCAGCAGCGCGGUCACGGAGGAGGAGGCGGAGGGGGCGUCCGGCCAGAACCUGGGGCACGUCGAGGCGGUGGAGUGCUUCUCUGUGCCAGACGUCUUGCAGCAAACGCCGCUGGUCGCCGAGGCGUACGAGUCCACGAUGGAUAUGGUAGAAAUGGUCGAGAAGAUACCAGAGACGGAGACCUGAGGACUGCAAGACCAGAGACGGUGUGCAACCUGCUCAGAGUGGACGUUACUGUGGAGACCGCUUGAGAAGCAGCUCCUUGUGAUGGACGGACGUUUGGUCUGACGGUUCCAAAGAUGAUUGACAGUCGGCGACUGCCAUCUUUACAACCACGCAAGAGAAGAAGAGCGGCAAAUAAUGGUAGUCGACUGUAAAUGAGCUGCAUGCGGGUGAAGGAUGCAUGAAUGUGAAACGGUGUCUUUUUUUGAUUGAGCCCCCUUUUAUCAAUGAGCCCACUGCAGUCAGCCUCUGGAACAUCUGUAAUAAACUGUUAUUGUGGGAAAUAUACUGACUGCCUUAACGGUGAGAUCGCUGCCACUCACAUGUCUGUUCAUACAAAUGUUCAACAGUCGCGCCUUAAUUGGAAUGAAGACACUGAAAGUUAUUUUAUUUGUUCAAAUUAUGUAUAUAAAUAAAUAAUUGGAAUGAAAACACUGCACAAGUUAUAUAUAUAUUUUUGGUGUACACAUUAGCUUCCUCUUGCUAUUUAUAAAAAAUAUGUUCACACUCA